CACCGGUUGGCUCAGCUUCAGGAGAUCGUGCGUGGUGGUCGUUCAGUCCAGUCUUCAGUCCUCCAUGGAAGGCGCAGCUGCCCAGAUGGCCGCCCCGGUCCUCGGCAUCAUCGCCGCCGCCGCCGUGACCUUCUACACCGUCAGCUUCAUGCAGCUCCGAGACAAAUCUUUCGAGGAGCUCGACGAGAAGUACUCGGAAUUCGACGAGUCCGGCGGACGGCAGCGGCGGGCGCGUCGGAGGGCCGAGCGCGAGAGGAACAGGCGAAACGACUGAGACCUCGCCACGCCUCGCCUCCAUGUUCUGCCUGAUCGAGAGGAAACAAGAUGCCGUUGCUGCUUGAUGAGUACUUAGCUACUGGAACAAUCGAAACGAUGGGUUCGUGCUUGUUUACCUGUAGCGCCAGCGACGUUCUUAAAUGGCUCUGUGUAGCCUGUACUUCAGUUCCAGCAGGAGCUGUAAACAAUCUGCCCUUGCAUUUGGAAACGAUGUUACAUUUUUCUCUGUA